AUGCGCCGUCAGGGCAAGGAGACGACGCAGCGGGGUAUACUGCUUCCUGCUGGCUGCUUUACGAUAGAAGCCGAGCGUGCUGAGGAAGCUCCAUGUAUGAACGGACUCUCACCGACGUCAGGGGGCAUCAUCACACCUCGUCGCAUAGUGCGCAGCCUAAAUGUUUCCCCGGCCGUGAACCACCUUGUACCACUCGACAGCGGCUCCGAGCGGCCUCCGUCAACGGCGCCGAGCAGCGGCACGCUGCUCAGCGAGGAGGUUGUGGAUGAUCUCGUUAGCGAGCCGGUGAGCGUGACCGGUAUGCAAGGUGAAAAAUUCCCCGCUCUGGGAGUAUACGAGACGCCGGCCAUCAAAUUGACGUCGUCAGCCAACUGUGGCACCCCAGCGAGCAGGAGUCCCAGUCUAACGCGAGUGACGAGCGCGGAUUCCUUGUAUUCGUCCUCUUCCCUCAUUACUGGCUCCUCCGCCCAGUUACUUUCCCACGACUACACCGACUUGUUUGACCCGGAAAGCGUAUAUAGUUGCAGUCUGACGUGCGUAGGUGACAAGUUUGGCGCAGUAACUCCCAGCCGCCGCACGUCUACCCCCGCUGUCACAGCGGCUGCGGUUCCUGUUGCGGUCGCAGCCAACACUCCCGCCACUAGCCCCCCUGCAGCCCUAUUUGACCGCAGGGUGUCAGAAACCAGCAUUGCACAGAUCGUUCCGAGACAUGAGGGCUCCAACACCGCGGAGGUUGGGCGGCGACCAAAGAUUAUAAAUGUGCGACGUGAGGAACGCAUUGGACGUGGGGGGUUUGGCGACAUCUUUCGCGCCAUCGAUCUUGAUACGGGCCUACCGCUUGUCAUAAAGGAGAUUCUUGUCAUGGCGGACAUUAGCAAAGAUGUGGAGCUUCAGCUCCGCGCGUUAGAGCGUGAGAUACGUGUGAUGCGAAAGCUAGACCACAAACAUAUUGUUUGUUACUAUUCUGCUCGACGCGAGGAGGCCAGCUGCGCAUUACAAAUUUACAUGGAGUACGUUGGCGGUGGCACCAUUGCGCAGAAGCUUCGGGAGAAUGGCCCCUUUUCCGAGGAUGAGACGCGGAACUACACCCAACAAUUGUUGGAGGGACUGGAGUACCUCCAUCAACGCCGCAUUGUGCAUCGUGACCUGAAGGGUGAUAACUUGUUGCUCACUGAGGAUGGUGUGCUCAAGGUGGGAGACUUUGGCACGAGUAAAGACUUGCAGACGACGCUCGUGACAGACAGUGUCGCUGGCACUCCGAAUUUUAUGGCCCCAGAAGUUAUUGCUUGCAGUGGGCAUAGCUGCAUGGCUGAUAUCUGGUCUGUGGGCUGCUGCGUGUUGGAGAUGCUGACGGGUCACCCACCCCUAUGGAACCUAGACAACCACAUGGCGGUGAUGUUUGCCAUCAUGAAAGGGCGGUUGGAGGAGCAGGUGCCACCGCACAUCUCUGGGGAUGCCAAGGACUUCAUUGGUCAGUGCCUGCGCAGUGAUCCAAAGGAGCGGCCCUCCGCGGCGCAGCUGCAGCAACACCCUUGGCUGCGGUUCAGCGAAAAGGCCAAGACUGCGGAAGGCCACGCACACUCAUACCUCUCCCUUUCUGGUGCGCAAUCCUUGGAGGAGGAGGGGAAGCAAAGGGAAAGGGAGGGCACCACACACGAAGGGACGCCGGCUCUCGGCAAGGUGGUGUUUCCGGGCAGCACGGCGCCGGUCUUGGCGGCCAUUUCUGACAGAGGCAACGACAACGGUGGAGUCCCCAGCGGCGGUCCACGCAGUAGAUCCCAAAAGACAAUUAAGAGGAAACAGUUGCCAGACUUGCCCAUGCUCUCUUCACAGGUAUCUUCUUUGGUCAACGCCCAUCCCAGCGGGCGGAUGCUUUACCCAAGGCCUCCCCACACUACGGCAUUGAACAAGGGCCAGUUGAACCGUUAUGCGAAUCGCAUUGCAGGUGGCGCACUUCCUUACAGGAAUGGUGUGGGGCAGAGCAAAGGUGGCCCCCACGUUGGUUGCAAUGCUGUUGGCGGCCAUGGCGUGUCCCCUUCUCGCAAGAAGCAGAAAAAGAGCAUCACGGCAUCAGAGCUCUUUGACGGUGGAAAAAAAAAUGAAGUGAAACAACACGCCACAGCAGGGUUGGAGGCCACAACGUGUACCACCCGCUAA